AUGGUAUCGUUUAAUGGAAAAUUCAAUGAUGAUUUACUACCUAAAACACCAAGAUAUUUAAAAGUUCCUUUAAUAUUUUUUAAUUUAGUUUUAUGGGUUUUAGGAUUAGUUUUAUUAAUUAUAGGUGCUGUUGCUGUAUCAUUUUUUUCCAACCUUAAAGAUUUCAAAGAAGCUGCAGAUACUAAAACAGCCCUAAAUCACCUAACUACAUCAGUGCCAGUUGGUGUUAUGGUUAUUGGUGUAUUUUUUAUUUUAUUUACCUUGUUUGGAUGUUUUGCUGCAUAUAAAGAACGUUUGGUUACAUUGGUAAUCUAUUGCUUUUUAAUGUUAAUUCUUUUAGUUAUUUUAAUUGGUAUGGGUGGAAAAUCCAUUACCUUACAUAAUAAUGAUGUUGUAGCUGUACUCGGUGAUAGUUGGCAAGAUGUUUCUAAUAACCAGAAAAAGAACUCUACAAUUACUAAACUUGAGACAUUUUUAGAAUGCUGUCAAUGGAACUCCACCGUUAGUGUAGAUACUCCCCAAUUUAAAGACCUAUGCCCCAAAGAUGAUGACGGUAAUGCUAAAUACAUUGAUAACUAUUGUGAAACUGAACUACAAAAACAACUAUCUUCAAAUCUCUAUAUCGUUGGUGUUACCUCCAUAGUUAUUGGUGUAAUUGAAUUCUUCUGUAUGCUAUUUUCUUUGUUUUUAAUUAUCCGUAUUUGCAAAUCCCCACGAUCUAAAUAUAAUAGUGAUUAUUAA